AUGUUGCCUCUAAAAAGGUCCAAAAUGUCCAAAAGGAUGGUGCAGAAGCUCGCGGAAACAAUGUCCAAACAAGUGUCCCACUUCAAUAAAGCCGAGGUGGGGUGUCUUAUCAGAGACUUUCAUGUCUUGUUGGAGGACACACGGACAGUGAGCGGCUUGGACAGAUGGAAAGUAAGAAGCAUUCUGCACAACACCUUUGGACUCACAAACGACACCAUCAUGGAUGCAGUGUUCCGGACAUUUGACAAAGACAACGACGGUUUUAUUGGUAUGGGAGAGUGGAUUGAAGGACUAUCGAUUUUUCUUCGCGGCACCUUGGACGAAAGAAUAAAAUACUGCUUUCAGGUGUACGACUUGAACGGUGACCACUACAUCACCAGGGAGGAGAUAUUACAAAUGCUGAGGUACAGCCUCAGACUGCCUGGGGAAGAGGACCCUUACGACGGAAUCAAAGAUCUGGUGGAGAUCACACUCAAGAGGAUGGACCACGACCACGAUGACAGGCUGUCCUUUGAGGAUUUUGAGAGGUCAGUGAAGGAAGUCAAUCAUGUCCUGGAGGCUUUUGGGACGUGCCUGCCUACCACCAGCAGGGUCGAGACAUUUGAGCAGAGUGUAUUUCAAGUUCAAGCAAAACACUGAUCAUACAGUGUUUCAUAUUCAAGCUUUUAUUCUGUGCAACAUAGUUGUUGUUGGAACAUCAUCUUUCUAUUUGUUACGGUUCCCAACAGGGACAAACGCAAACCCUCAAA